GUACGAUCAGUAAGUCAGUUGUCUGCUGGUGCUCGAGGUGUUUAGAUCGUUUUGUUGAAAGAAACUAACAAUUUAAAAUCUUAAAAAAACAGAGGCUUUAUUUCAUUGCACUUUUAUUGCGUUUCUUUGUCGGCAAUUUAUUUUUAGCAGUCAUUUUUUUGUUUCAGUUGUGGCGAGACGCAGACUCAGCUUACGCAACCAUGAAGUUGCCACUACUGCUUUUGGCAGGCUUGCUCUGCACGAUGCAAGUAUUCGCCGAUGAUUUAGACGAAUUCAAUUUGGAUGAUUUGAUCGAGGAAGACUUCGACGAGAGUGCAGAGGAGUUGUUGCGCCAGUUCGAACAGAAGAAUUCGCACAAGGACUUGGAACGUGAAAACGAGAUCGCUGCUCAACUAGCUGCUGAGGCCAAAGAUCAACAGAAUAGUAUAUUGAAUCCGGUCGUUGAAAUUGAUCCAUGUGAAAAGAUGCAUUGCGGUGCCGGUCGUGUGUGCCAAGUGCAUGGCACUGAAGCCAAAUGUGUAUGCAUACCCGAGUGUCCAGAGGAACCGGAAGCACGUCGUCACGUUUGCACCAAUCGUAACGAAACCUGGCUCUCGGAUUGCGCUGUCUAUCGGCAGAGAUGUCUUUGCGCCACCAAUGCCCCUGGCUGCCUGAACCCCGAAAAUAGUCACGUUCACAUCGACUACUACGGUCCCUGUCAUGAACACAAAACUUGCUCGGAGGAGGACAUGAAGGACUUCCCGCGUCGCAUGCGCGAUUGGCUUUUCAACGUGAUGCGCGAUUUGGCCGAACGUGACGAACUCACCGAACAUUACAUGCAAAUGGAAUUAGAAGCCGAGACGAAUAUGACUCGUCGUUGGGCCAACGCUGCCGUUUGGAAAUGGUGUGAUUUAGAUGGUGAUACUGACCGUUCGGUAUCGCGUCACGAGCUCUUCCCCAUCCGUGCACCAUUGGUUAGCCUGGAGCAAUGCAUUGCGCCAUUCUUGGAGUCAUGUGACUCCAAUAAAGAUCAUCGCAUCACUUUGAUAGAAUGGGGCGCUUGCUUGGAAUUAGAUGAGACCGAUUUGAAUGAGCGUUGUGACGACAUUCACAGAAGCACUCCGCAAUUGCUUGGCUAAAUUUCGUUGGAUUCGCAAAAUUUCCAGCAACCAUUUUUUAACCUUCUAUUUUAUGCAGACUAUCUAUAAAGUACAUAUGUAUAAAUUACGUGUCUAUAAUAUUUAGUGUAUAAAAUCUUCCAGUUCUUGCUUAAAUAUCUGCAUUAUGAGAUUUUAGUUUAAAAUAAUAAAAAAAAUUUUAAAUGUU